AAUGAUAUCACCAUAAUUCCCGUAUCUGCUGUGACCGACAUCGUACAAUACCACGCUGACAAUACGCGGUCUGCAUUUUAGUUGUAUGAUAAAUAGGUCAGGAUCAUUGACACCCGCCAAUAUACGAGAAACGUGUCGAACACGAGAAUCAGCUCGUGAAAGCAGGAAUAAAAAGUUAAAGUCCACUGCGCAGGUCACGCGGUCGUGCGAUUUUGUGUAAUUGUGUUCGUUGGAAGUUUCGAUUAUUUAACAAAUAUUGUUAUUGAUAUCGAUUGAUAGCACUUGAACAUUUUCCUCAAUGAUCUUGUGAUUAUCAAACUGAAGACCACGAAGCAAUGGCUGCUACAAAGGGAUAUUUAUUAUUGAUACCAAUACUUACUGCGAUUGGCGUUUUGGUUUCGAGUCAAAAUCCUACACCACCAAACAUUAUCUUCAUUCUUGCGGAUGAUCUCGGCUGGAACGACGUUGGAUUCCAUGGAUCGGCUCAGAUACCAACUCCCAACCUCGAUGCCCUCGCCUAUUCCGGAGUGAUCCUCAAUCGAUACUACGUGACGCCAAUAUGUACACCGUCGCGAGCAGCUCUGAUGACAGGGAAAUAUCCGAUUCACAACGGAAUGCAACACGCCGUUUUGUAUGGCAUGGAACCGCGUGGAUUACCGCUGACGGAGAAAUUACUGCCGGAGUACCUGAGAGAGCUGGGCUACAAGAAUCACAUUGUCGGAAAAUGGCACCUUGGUCAUUACACGCGCAAAUAUACCCCUCUGCAGCGAGGAUUCGAUUCGCACGUGGGAUUCUGGACCGGCCAUCAUCAUUUGUUCGAUCACACCGCUGUUGAAACACAAACCUGGGGUAUUGACAUGCGGCGGGGCUAUGAUGUGGCUUAUGAUCUACAUGGGAAGUACACAACUCACGUGAUUCGAGAAGAAGCAGUCGCGCGGAUUAGCUCCCAUCCCGUGUCGGAUCCACUAUUUCUGUACGUAGCCCACGGAGCGGUUCAUUCGGCGAACCCCUACGAUUUUCAUCCUGCACCGGACGAUACUGUCGAUAAGCUAACUUCAAUCAAUGACUAUCGUAGAAGGAAAUUCGCAGCAAUGCUGAAGGAAUUAGAUGAUUCUGUUGGAGCCAUUAUCAAGGCUUUGAAAUCGCGCGGUAUGCUCGAAAAUUCAAUAAUCGUCUUCAGUACGGACAAUGGUGGUCCGGCCAAUGGAUUCAAUGAUAACUGGGCUUCUAAUUGGCCACUGAGAGGAGUCAAAAACACACUUUGGGAAGGUGGAGUCAGAGCUGCGGGGUUCAUAUGGAGCCCCUUGAUUGAGGAAAGUCGACGUGUUUCACAUCAAACUAUUCACAUCACCGAUUGGCUUCCGACAUUACUGAAGGCUGCAGGAUAUAAUAUAACAGCACUUCCCCGCGAUCUCGGUGGUAUUAAUGUUUGGAAGCAGCUGCAAAACGGAGAUCGCACUGAACGAAAUCAAAUUCUGCAUAACAUUGAUGAUAUUUGGGGAAGUGCAGCGUUAACCGUUAACAAUUGGAAGCUACUGAAAGGCACAAACUACAAUGGGCAGUGGGAUCAAUGGUAUGGACCAGCUGGUGAUCGUGACAUUAAGUCGUACAAUUUAUCGGCAAUCACGUCAAGUCCAACGGGAACUGUGUUAAAUGCAAUGAAAAUGCUCCCAUCACAAGAUGUGAUUCUGAAACUUCGCGAAGAGGCAACCAUCCAAUGUACGAACGAAAAAAGAAAUGGUUGCAAACCACUGGAAAAACCAUGUCUGUUCGAUGUUGAAAGGGAUCCGUGUGAGAAUGAAAAUUUGGCGGGACAGUAUCCUGAAAUUCUGGAAAUGAUGUUGGUUAAACUGGAUGAGUACAACGCAACUGCACUUCCACCAGGAAAUCAGCCGCUGGAUCGGAGGGGUGAUCCCAAGUUUUGGGGAUACACGUGGCAUAACUUUGGUGAUGAUCUUCUGACACCCAAAAUACUGCAAAAUGAUGAAUAAAAUCCAAUUCUACGCUCUAUUUAUGUA